AUGAAGGGAAUUGUCCGUACAGCUGUGGCGGCAGUCGUUGCCGUUGCUACCGUCGCUCAAGCGCACGGUCACGGCCACCGUCAUCGUCAUGUCAAGCAUGGCGUUUCGGGCGUUGAGAAACGUGAUGGAACUGUAGUAGUGACAGAAGUUGUGCCGGCUGUGGAAACCAAGUACGUCCUGGAGGGACAAGAGGUCGAUGCUGAGGAGGCGAAGAAGGGCAUCGAGGAUGGCUUCUAUCUUGUCAUGGGCACGUCGACGCCUUCUUUCAGUGCUCCCCCCCCGGCCGUGUCGACUGUGUCGGCCAGCACCGCCAAGGGAGCUCAGUUCUUCGAGCAAAAGACCAGCUCCUCGACGAGCGCUGAGCCCACCACGUCGUCUGCACCGCCGACACCACCAACCACCUCAUCAUCAUCAGCUGCUGCAACCCCGAGCCCCGCUGCUCCCCCCGCCGGCAUUGAUGUGGAUUUCCCGAGCGGCGAACUUAGCUGUGAUUUCGAGUCUGUAGCCGCGUAUGGUGCCAUCCCGGUCGACUGGGAAGGAACAGACGGGUGGACAACACUUGCCCAGUUUGGCGACCUGAUCCCUGGCGUCAAGGUGAACAACAUCCAUUCGCCCACCUCGGGCGGAUGCGGGGAGAAGACGCUGUGCUCGUACGCAUGCCCCCCGGGCUACCAGAAGUCGCAAUGGCCCGAGACCUCGCAAGGCGUUACUGGCCAGUCCGUCGGUGGUGUUUGGUGCAACGAAAAGGGGAAGCUGGAGUUGACCAGGCCCGAACACCCGAAGAUUUGCGAGCCGGGCGCUGGCGGCGUAUAUGUCCAAAAUAAGUUGUCUGGUGUUUCGUGUGUUUGCCGCACCGACUACCCUGGCAACGAGGGAAUGGCGAUUCCCCUCGUCACUCAGCCCGGUGGAAAGUAUCCCCUUACGAACCCUAAUUCGUUGACGUACUAUCAAUGGGACGGCAAGUACACAACAGCUCAGUACUAUGUCAACAACCUGAACGUCGCGGUUGAGCAAGCCUGCACAUGGACAAGCUCGCAGUUCCCCACAAGUGCUGGAAAUUGGGCGCCCACCAAUAUUGGUGUCGGCCAAAAUGCCGAAGGGAUCACAUUUAUCUCGCUAUUCCCGAACAAGCCGACUACCACGGCCCUUCUCGACUUCAACAUUGAGAUAACUGGUGAUAUUUCGGGCAAGUGCGCUUUGAAGGGCGGGCAGUACUAUGGCGAGAAUGGGGUCAUGCCUGAUGGUUGCACGGUCGGUCUCCAGUCGGGCAAGACAGCCAUCAUUGUCUUUAGCGAUGCGUAA